AUGUUUGAUGGAAUUAUUCCAGAAACUGUAUUAGAUACUGUGAAAGAGUUAUUUGUACCUACAAAUAGAGUUAGUUCAGCGCGUAAGGAAGCCGAUGCUCUUCGAGGAUUAGAAAUCACAAAAGUUGAUUUGCAAUGGGUUCAAAUUUUAAGUGAAGGAUGGGCCACACCUUUAUGUGGAUUUAUGAGAGAAAGAGAAUUUUUGCAAAGUCAACAUUUUGGUUGUCUUUUAGAAGGUGGUGUUGUGAACCAGUCUAUACCUAUAGUACUGGCUUUAUCUAAAGAAGAUAAAGAAAGACUUGAAGACUGUUCUGCAUUUGCUCUUCGUUACAAUGGAAAAAGUUAUGCAAUUUUGCGAAAUCCUGAAUUCUACGAACAUAGAAAAGAGGAACGCUGUUCUAGACAGUUUGGAACAUCAAAUGAAGGUCAUCCAUAUGUUAAGAUGAUAUAUGAAAGUGGUGAUUGGUUAGUAGGUGGUGACUUAGAAGUCUUGGAACGUAUCUGUUGGAAUGAUGGUCUUGAUAAAUAUAGGCUGACUCCAAAUGAAUUAAGAUCCAAAUUCAAAAAGAUGGGAGCAGAUGCAGUAUUUGCUUUUCAAUUAAGAAAUCCUAUCCAUAAUGGGCAUGCAUUACUGAUGCAGCAAACUAGAGAAAGUUUAUUAGAAAGAGGUUAUAAAAAACCAGUUUUAUUGCUUCAUCCAUUAGGUGGCUGGACAAAAGAGGAUGAUGUCCCUCUUUCUGUAAGAAUGGAACAACAUCAAGCAGUAUUAGAAGAAAAAAUUUUAGAUCCGGAAAAUACUGUACUUGCUAUAUUUCCCUCACCAAUGAUGUAUGCUGGACCAACAGAAGUACAAUGGCAUGCAAAGGCUAGAAUGGCAACUGGAGCUAAUUUUUAUAUUGUUGGAAGAGAUCCUGCUGGGAUGCCUCAUCCUGAUACUAAAAAAGAUCUAUAUGAACCAAGUCAUGGUGCUAAGGUUUUAACAAUGGCACCUGGUCUAACCCAAUUAGAAAUAAUUCCCUUCAGAGUUGCAGCUUAUAAUAAAAACAAAAAACGAAUGGAACUAUUUGAUGUUAAUCGUAAAAAUGAAUUUGAAUUUAUUUCUGGUACAUACAUGAGGUCACUUGCACGCAAUGGACAGACACCACCAGAAGGUUUUAUGGCACCAAAGGCGUGGAACAUUUUAGCUUCUUAUUAUAGAUCACUUGUAACAAAUGCUUAAACUGUGAUUUGGAAUUGAAGCAUGCAGACAAACAAUGCCCAAAUUUAAAAUAAAAACUAAUAAUAAUAAUAAUAAAAUUAAAAUAGAUAUUAAACAUUCAGUUCUGGUUAGCUGCUGAAUGUUUUGAUUACUAUCAAAAUUUUAAAUAAAGAAAAUUGAUUAUAUAUAUUAGAAUGUCUCUCGCCUCUUAACCAUAAUUUUUAUCUUCCAGAUUUCACAAAACGCAUAACACAGCAUUGCCUGUCUGCACACUUCAUUUCAACAAAAACUAAUUUUAAAUAAGUCAAAUACCACAAUAAAAAAAAUGCUGCUUUUUGACAUCAAAAUCGUGGACCAAUAAUUGUUUUAUACUUGUUAAACAUAUAAAUUAAUUAUAAUUAUUUCUACACAUCUAUAAAUUUUAUUAAAAUUAAAAAUUAUACGAGCAAUUUGUUAUCUGCUCGCUAUUUUGGGAUAUAAUUCACUUGUAUAAGCAUUAAAGUUAUAUCCCCUUAUCUAUGUUUGAUGUAAUGAAGGAACAUAGAUUUUAAAAUUAAACUGCUCAGAUGCAGUUGUUAUUUAUUGUAAAAAAAAA